AUGGGUGACGGGUCGAAUAUUGAUAAUGUCGAAAUGUUAAAAUCUCUCUACGACUUCGAAGCGACAUUAGCGAAGACGCUGAGUUUCGCUGAGGGAGAAUACUUUUACCUUCAACAAACAAACGCGAAACAGAGGAACUGGUGGCACGUUAUUAAUCGGAAUGGCCAAAUAGGCUUUGUACCUUCUAACUACGUAGCUGCGGUCAAGGUUGAAGCAGACUUUUUCCUGGGUUUCCUAAAUGAUUGUAUAAAGAGCUUAAACGAAAAUCCAGCGAUGGCACAAAAGCAGGAAAUACUGCAAAGGCUAAGCGAGAAAAGGAAACAAGUGCAAGUGCUAGUGAAGCCUUCGAAAAAGCAACAAGCACCAAAGCCUCCGCCUCGCUUGGAUGACAACACCCCUCCAAAUGGUGUAUCUCCAUCUUUUGAUCUACGGCCCGUUGUAUCACAACAGCAUAUCUCUGAGGAACAAGAAUCUCCCACUAAAUCCUUAAGCAGUAAUGUGGUUAAAGAUGAAGAUGAAAGGCGCAUAGAACAUAUAAAGCCAGCAUCAAACCAAGUGUCAUCUGAUACAGAUAACCAAGAUGACAGCCAGGACAGCAGUGAAAGUAUUCGGCCAAAUGCUAUCUAUGAGAUAGUACAGUCAGUCCGUCGAGAGACUCAGCUAAGUCAUGAUAUGUCGAGGGUUGCUGUCGAAACUGUACUUGUAUCAUUAAGGGAGUUUCUUCCCGGUGGUGCUGCAAGAUCUAUAAUAGAUGCACUUCUUCGUGAGGCAAACAGCAACAUCACAUGUCCAAAGAAUGCAAUAGAUGCAGCACCAGAUGCCUUGAGGAUGAUGACAGCGUUGAAUUCCUUAUCGAAGGCAGCCAAUGAUGCUCAGCAACGAGGAUGGGCGUUGCAUGAUGAUGCACAUGAUAUUCAAACGCAGCUCCUCGAGCUAAUCUCUGUUAUGUCCAAUGCUGAUGUGAAUAUUUCACAACAUGUGUUGAGCAGCCAUCGAUACGCGUAUGUUUCCACCUUGGUUCAGUAUUACCAGAUGGAAACAAGAUGGCCACUUAGACAACUCCUUUUGCAGGCCUUCGGCGUUAUGUGUGGACUGGAACGCACAGCGCUCUCGACUUUGGCCCUGUCCGCACUUCCGGCGGAAAUUGCGCGUGACAUGCGCGACAACCCCCGCGCGGUCAGCCGUCUCUCUCACUCGGCUCUACUUCUCUCUAUGGUUUUGUCAAUGGGCGAUAAACUUCCCAUCACGCAUUUUGAUCAACUUGGUGUAGAAUUCGCCCAAUUUCUCUUGGAAUUGAUUGAAAGUCCACCGGAAACGGAUGUAGACGAGCAGAUACCCGAUCUCUUUCUCACUCUCCUGCUCGCGUACAACCUCCAGUUUGAAAACCCCUUCGAGAAUAUCCUACUCAACGCGCUCGAAACCAUGGACAAUGCGAAAACGUUUUGCGAGAAAAUUUUGUUGUUACUCAAUCGAGAAGGCGAGUUUUCAAUAACUAUAGUUGGUUUACUGGAUAAUCGAAAUCAAAACACGAAAUGCCUUCGAUUUAGAAAAAAAGAAAAAUUGGCAUCUUUAGAGAAGGACCCAGUCCGUAUAUUCGACCACGAGCCAGAACCGCGACACUCAGUUCUCAAACUGGCUAUCGACUUGUUCAGUCGCAAGCGCACCGCAGAACAUUUCUACACCAACGACGUUAAAGUCGCGAUUGACAUCAUCGUUCGGCAGUUGGCCGAUUUGUCACCGGGAGAUUUGCGUCGCCAGCAAUACUCACGGAUCCUGCAAGGUAUAAUCCGUAAUACGGAGUACAGCGCGCACCUGCACCGACGCGAUGACCUGCUGCGCUGCUUCGCCAGGAUCUUCUGCGAGGAGGGUGAGGGCAGCCGCGAAGACCAAGCCCUGGUCAGAGCCAUAUCUAACGAAUUUCCUCAAUUCUUCAAAGCUUAA